AUUCUGCCCACAAAAGCAUACGAUCACACUUGCAAUUCUUAUUUUAUAUUAUUUGCUUUGUUUAAAAGUUAGUUAUCAAAAGUUGUUAAAAAUAUAAAAUACAGUUUAUUUUCAGUGAUUAAUUUGCAGAAAUCGUAGUAUUUGAUUAGUUUCGCAUAUUUAAAGUUCUAGGUUAACAACCAUGGCCGAAACAGAGACGAAGCACCAUCCCGAGCACCACGACGAGGAUGUACAUGAUGCCAACUACCAGGCUCCGCCGGAGAAGACCAUCGAGGAGAUAAUGGCCGCCGAUCAGGAGGACGAGAGUUUGCGGCGCUACAAGGAGGCACUCCUGGGUGCCGCCCAGGCCGAGAAAAUUAUUGUUGAUCCCAAUGAUCCCCGAAAAGUUAUUGUAAAAAAACUUGCCCUCGUCGUCGAAGGACGCGAUGACAUGGAAUUGGAUCUUACCGGUGACCUUAGCCAGUUGAAAAAGCAGCUUUUUGUGAUUAAAGAAGGUGUUCAGUACAAGGUGCGCAUUGAUUUUAUUGUGCAACGUGAAAUAGUCCAUGGCCUUAAGUAUGUUCAAAAGACUUCUCGCUUGGGUGUUACUGUUGACAAAAUGAAGCAUAUGGUUGGUUCCUAUCCGCCGAAAAAGGAGAUUCAGUUCUACUUGACCCCCGCCGAGGAGGCACCUUCAGGCACAUUUUCCCGCGGCACCUACUCGGUCAGUUCGGUCUUCACGGAUGAUGACAAGCACAUACACCUGGAGUGGGACUGGACCUUUGAGAUCAAAAAGGACUGGGCCUAAACAGCACACAUAACAGCACACAAACACACACGACAUACAACAUACAACAUACGCUUUUUGUUUUCCCCCCAAUAUGUCUUGUAAAUGAGUUAAUUUUUGUUCCAAAAGUGUACGCGAAUUUUUCCAAAAAUGUAAUUGAUCGUCAAGUAUUUUUGUUAAAGGUAUUAAAUAUUUUUGUAACUAAAGUGUAAAGCCAUGAUAAGUAUUUUUGAUACCCAAUUUGCAAAUUAAUUGUGUGCAGAUGAAGAGCGUUUUUCGCCUAAGUCCUCAAUGAGACGCCAAGUCGGUCAGUCAAGUCAAAACCAAGUCAAGUCACUAGGCCAGUCAGUCAGUCAGUCGUUUGGUUCUAAAUGCCAUUGCCUAUGUUUAACAUAUAUUUUCAAACAGAUUAACAAUUGAGUAAUUAACUUUAAUAAAGUUGUUUGCAUUUCGCUAUGUAUUUAAAAUUGAUGAACGGAAUGGUUUACUGUGAGAUCAAGUCGCCCGAAAACUGAAAGAAAACAGAAAUCAUGCAACCAGAACUGUUAAAUGUAACUGAAGCUGAUACUUUAUUAUGCAUUUGAUGUUUGUGCGUCGUGAAAUCACUUAAAUCUACAUUAUUCUAACUAUAUAUUAUCUCUGUGUAUUUUUUGUGUACCAUAUAUGCGAAUGCUGAUUGAAUGCAACCGAAGAGCAAUAAAGAAUAAAGUAUACAUAUUUUAAAUUAAAA